AAUGAGUCCGAACUCCUCACUGUGCCGGAUGGAUGGAAAGAGCCAGCCUUUACAAGAGAGGAUAAUCCCAAAGGCCUGCUGGAAGAAAGCAGUUUUGCAACAUUAUUCCCGAAGUACAGAGAAGCGUACUUGAAAGAGUGCUGGCCACUCGUCCAGAAAGCCUUGAGUGAACAUUAUGUGAAUGCAGCGCUGGAUCUAAUUGAAGGAAGCAUGACUGUCACUACCACUAAGAAGACUUUUGAUCCGUAUGCAAUCAUCAGGGCUAGAGAUUUAAUAAAACUUCUGGCAAGAAGCGUUCCAUUUGAACAGGCAGUUCGUAUCCUUCAGGAUGAUGUUGCAUGUGACAUCAUUAAAAUAGGCACUCUGGUGAGGAAGAGAGACACUUUUAUAAAAAGAAGAGGACGACUUCUUGGGCCAAAAGGAUCUACUCUGAAGGCCCUGGAACUGUUAACAAACUGUUAUAUUAUGGUGCAAGGCAACACUGUUUCAGCUCUUGGACCCUUCAGUGGGCUAAAAGAGGUCAGAAAAGUUGUUCUGGACACAAUGAAGAACGUACAUCCCAUAUAUAAUAUAAAGACAUUGAUGAUCAAAAGGGAAUUAGCAAAAGAUCCUGAACUGAGGUCACAAAGUUGGGAAAGAUUUUUGCCGAAGUUCAAGCGGAAGAACUUGAAAAAACGCAAGGAGCCGAAGAAGAAAAAUACCAAGAAGGAGUACACGCCAUUCCCACCUCCACAGCCAGAAAGCCAGAUUGAUAAAGAAUUGGCAAGUGGUGAAUACUUUUUGAAAGAAAGACAGAAGAAACGGAAGCGAGUGGAAGAGAUAAAGGCAAAGCAAGCAGAUGCACUCAAGAAAAGACAAGAAGAAAGAAAUAAAGCUUUUAUCCCACCGAAGGAAAAGCCAGCUGUGAAAACAAAGAAAGCCUCCACUGAGAAAAAAAUUGACAUCGAAGCCAUCAAGGAAAAGGUAAAGAAUGCAAAGAAGAAGAAAUUAGGAGCACUUCCUGUGGAAGAAGUCAAAUUAAAAAUGGCAGCAGAUGAAAAGAAAAAAAAGAAAAAGUAAUUCACCACCCAAGGUUCUCACUAUUUUCCUAUGUUAAUGAACACUUUCACACUCGGAAGAUUUGAGACUUCUUGCUAUCAGUAUAAUCUGGACAAGAAAAGACUAGGUAGAAAGAUCAUUCUCUUUUCAUAAAUACAGUUUAAUUAGCACACCUAAAGCAGCUAUGCAGCAUUGCCAAGGUUGGUGAAGAAAAUCUGUACGGCUGUGUUGUUUGAGAAAAUAAGAGAGUAUUUGGAUAAUACUCAUCUGCCUUAAGGGAAGGUUUUGUAAUAGAAACGUUCAGGAGCUUGGUGCAGGACGUUGAAACAUUAGGAUCAGAGAACUUGGUUGGAAUUUAAGGUAAUUUUGUGAAAGACUACCA